AUGCUCAGGACGACGAACGAAAAUGAGCCCGUCUGUGGCCCCCUGACCACUCUAACGUCGCAAGUGGCAGCGACUGUGAAUGAACGUAUCGAUAUAUACUCGUCGAACAUCAAAUCAAGCGCGCCUUGGCACUCGCCGAACAUCAAAUCAAGCGCGCCUUGGCGCAGCCAACGACAAAAUAUUUUUCAACGGGCUUAUAACCGCGUGCAACUUGCGUACUACCGCUACGAGGUGACUUUCGGUCUGUAUGUGUUGACGUUCAAUGAAAAGCUUGUCGUCAACGCCUUCGCUUUGACCGUUAUAAGCCUCGUCUCCUGGGCACUUCUUUACUUCCCAGCCCUGGUCUAUAACAAGGGGGAUGAUCUCAUCUGGCUGCUGACAGGCCACCGCAACCAGCAAAUUGGCAUCGUGUUGUGA